UCUGUGGAAAAUUACUUUUUUAGAUACUGUUGGGAAACAAAUAGUUUGAAAAUUUUGUUUUCUGUGAAAAAUUAUUUUAAAUUGUUUUUUUCAACACUAUUUUUUUUUAUAAACAAAAAAUUUUAUUAGACCAAAAUUGAGGAGGGAGGAGAAGAGUUCCCAUUGUAUCCCCAUUGUCAACGGGUAAAACGCUGAACACCCAGUCCCAGCCCAGUUCAAAGAAACCAAAAAAACAGAGGGAUGAUAAAAAAAAUGGCUACAAAAUCCUCUCAAUGAUUCAUUUAUAUGGCAUUCUUUCAACAGUUUAUGUUUUUCUGACAAACGGAGCAUAAUAGCUUUACAAUUAGAUGGCUGUUCUUAAAUUUUCCUUUUAUUAUAUAAAUGGCCAUUAUCAUCUUACUGGUUUUUUCCUACUUUUUUUGUCAGAAGUCAUUAUCAUCAUUACUGAACCAUACCUGUUGUAGAAUAUUUUGAUUAAAGGGAGUUUGGACAUUGAAUAAUUGUAGCCAAAUAAUGAAUAUUCAACCACUUCCUCUUCUCUUCUUUCUCCUAUCCUCCUGUUUGUGGGGUUCUGCUGAUGGAUUCCAGUCUUAUCUUCACAACUCUAUUGCUCUUAGUAGAAGCAGUUUUCCCAAGGAUUUUAUGUUUGGGGCAGCAACAAGUGCUUACCAAAUUGAAGGAGCAGCAAAUACAGAUGGCAGGAAGCCAAGUAUUUGGGAUACCUUCACCAAGGAACAUCCAGAAAAAAUAUCUGAUCACAGCUCAGGAGAUGUUGCAGAGGAUUUUUAUCAUCGUUACAAGGAGGACAUUGCUGUGAUUAAAGAAAUUGGUUUGAACUCCUUCAGAUUCUCAAUCUCAUGGCCAAGAGUAUUACCUUUCGGAAGAGUCAGCGCUGGAGUGAACCCAGAAGGUGUCAAUUUCUACAAUUCUAUGAUUAAUGAGCUCCUAUCAAAUGGUAUAGAGCCCUUUAUAACUUUAUUCCACUGGGAUCUUCCACAAGCUCUACAAGAUGAAUAUGGUGGAUUUUUAAGCCCAAAGAUUGUGGAUGAUUAUCGAGAUUAUGUGGACUUUUGUUUUGAAGAAUUUGGAGAUAGAGUGAAGUAUUGGGUCUCUCUCAACGAGCCAAAUUAUUUUAGUUGUUUUGGAUAUGCACUUGGAGCGACUGCACCAGGUCGAUGCUCUAACUAUAUCGGAAAUUGUAGGAAUGGAAAUUCUGCAACUGAACCUUACAUUGUAAUCCACCACAUGAUUCUUUGUCAUGCAUCUGCUCUAAAAUUAUACAGACUAAAAUACCAGGCUUCUCAGAAGGGAACAAUUGGGAUUAUUGUAACAGCAUUCUGGAAGGAGCCCAAAUUUGACACGAUUGCCAGCAGGAAGGCUGCAUCUAGAGGCCUUGAUUUUACUAUUGGAUGGCUUCUUCACCCCCUAACAUAUGGUGACUACCCAGAGAGCAUGAGAACUCUGGUGGGGGAUAGAUUGCCUAAAUUCACAGAAGAACAAUCCCAGAUGAUAAAAGGAUGUAUUGAAUUCGUUGGAGUGAAUUACUAUACAGCAAGAUAUGUUGAUGAAUCUACAUCUUCUACCAGUGUCAACUUAAGUUACACAACAGAUAGUCAGGUUAUUGAAUCCACUGAGAAAAAUGGGAUUCCCAUUGGACAACAGGCUGGUUCUACCUGGAUAUACAUAUACCCAGAAGGACUUCGAGAAAUGGUGUUCUAUAUAAAGAGAAAUUACAACGAUCCUUCUAUUUAUAUCACUGAGAAUGAUAAUUACUCCAUGUCAAUUAACGAUUUACUGAACGAUAGCCUGAGAAUAAAAUAUCACUAUCUUCAUCUAUCUUAUCUCCUACAAGCCAUCAAAAAAAAUAACAGACCGCAGUUCGGGAGAUCCGACUGUAGACUUGUACCAUCUGUUUAAGGUAACAUUCUAAUUAGUCUAGAUAAGAUUUUUUUUUCCCCAUUCAUUUAGCUCUGACUAGAACUUGAACUUGAGAGCUCACAGUUUUGGAAACUACUCUAGCACCAUUGAGUUUGAAGCCAAUUGGAAAAAUGCAUAGGAUAUUUAAUUGUUCUUCUGAGGGGGAAGAAGCUGCUUAUGUUUGUGUAUAUCUUGAUUUUUUUUAAUUGAGAAAUGUUACAGGACAUUAAGUUGAUGAAAGAAAUUGGUCUAGACUCCUACAGGUUCUCCAUAUCAUGGCCUAGGAUUUUACCCAGUAAGAUAUAUUCGCUUGAAAUACAAAUUUUAAUCUUAUGGAUGAUUUCCAACCAAUAUGUGUGCAAAUGGAAUCCUUGUUCUCAGAUGGAAAAAUAAGUAGGGGAAUAAAUUGAAAGGGUGUCAAUUUCUGCAAUUAUCUUAUUGAUGAACUUCUAGCCAAUGGUAAGCUUUAAAAAUCUUCCACACCUUUAUUAUAUUAAUUAAUUUUAUUUUUUGAAAGACUUGGUUACAUCAGGUUUAUUGCAUCAAAUUAAUGAGUGCCAUAUAUUCUGAAUGUUUUAUAUUUGGCUAAUGAAUUGCCAUAUACACCAAGAGUUUUGCACCUGUCCAACAAUGGAUAAAUUAUUUCAUACAACCGUUGUCUGUAUAAUGGAUAGAUUUUAAUUGUUGAUUGUAAUGGAACUCAUAUAAGAUCCACUAUGAUUAAUGACAAUAAUAAACUAUAAUAAAUCUAUUGUACAUAUAUCAGUUAUAUUCUAAAAUUUCUCUGAACAAUGACACUCAUUUAUUAGAUUAGUGUAACACACCAUGUGUAGCCAAGUAUUUUCCAUUUAUUCUCUCCAUCCAACAUCUUGUAUUUUGAUCAGAUAUAGAGCCCUUUGUGACUUUAUUCUUGUUGGGAAUAUACAAGUGUGGAAUUCCCACAUUGAAAAAAGAUUGGAUGAGUGAAAGACAUAUAAGUGGAAAUGAUCCAUAGACCUAUUGUCUUAAGAUUUUGGAGUAGAUGUGGUAUCGAGCUCAUGAGUAUGUUCUUUCGUAAGGCCCAUCCUAAAGGAUUCUCUAUAGGGGGUUUUGGGCUCCCCAGAUCUCUAACAAGUGGUAUCAGAGCUGAUGAUUCGGUGUGUUUUUUCAUAAGGCCCAUCAUGAAAAAUUUUCCCUAGGUGUUUUUGCAUUAUUUUUUGAGUUCCCUAGAUCUCUAACAUUAUUUUUUGCACUAAGCUUUGAUUGGAGUUCAAACUCGAGAUAUAUAUAACUUCAACAUCACUAAUCACUCAAUGAUAACUUCUUCUAUUUAAUUUGCAGCUUAAUUAUAUAUUUGAUUUUGCAGGGAAGGAGUUGAUUUGAGAGGUUAUUACUUAUGGGCUUUUCUAGAUAACUUCGAAUGGAUGUCACGUUACACUCUUCGAUUUGGAAUCACUUACGUUGAUUAUAAGAAUCAGUUGAAGAGAUAUCACAAAUUCUCUGCUUUAUGGUUCAAAAGUUUCCUCCAAAGAAGGAAUAAAACCAAUGAAACCUCUUUAUUAUAUUCGGAGUGAUUGAAAUGGUCAAGUCUCCAAUGGGCCACAACAACCCUCUGUUUAGAAAUCUGAAACUCCAGUCUUUCAAGAUGAUUGAAAUCAAUUACAAACUGAUAGAAUCAGCUA